AUAUUUGUUAGUUCUGAUAGGUUUUUGAACGCACCUUUAUCGAAGUUUAUUGACAAACCUUUGCCUUGUCAUGAUAACAAUUUUGAUCAGUCAGUACCUUAUCAAAUGUAUGCAAGGUGCGCAAAACUCGAACAAUUAGUACAAUGAGAAACAACCGUAUGUCAAUGUUCGUAAAAUAUGAUUUUAAUAUGCAACAAUUAUGAAUUUAUUUGAGUGGACUCGAGGGAAGAAGCGAAAAUGGCAAAGAUACAGUGGUCCUUGGCGAAGGCGCCAAAUGUUCUUAAGAUUAGUUUGAAGCAGAAAUGGUGGCGAUUACAAAUUGUCAUUAAAUCAUUAUUCUACAAUGAUUUCUUAAACUGGAGUUACGCUUGUGAUAUACUUAUGGAACCUAUGUUCUGGUUUGUUGAGAAUUUCACUGCCUGUUUGGGUCCGGUAUUUGUGAUAAUGGUAAGCCUGUUAACCGCCAGCAUCGUAUAUAUUGCAUACUACUUGGGUUUACCCUGGUGGUGGGAUCGGAGUCCUUCAGUGACAAUAAUUCUGCUAUUGGUUGGAAACUGGCUACUAGUUAACGUCUGUUUCCAUUAUUAUAUGGGUGUAACCGUACCAGCAGGUUAUCCACCACAGGGUGGCCUUAUUCCAGAGGCUGUGAGUAUCUGCAAAAAGUGUAUCAAGCCAAAGCCACCCAGGACACAUCACUGUUCUGUCUGCAACAAAUGCAUUCUCAAGAUGGAUCAUCAUUGUCCAUGGCUAAACAAUUGCGUCGGCCACUAUAAUCACCGGCAUUUCUUCCUGUACAUGGUUUACACUGUGCUCGGCAUUACGUUCAUCAUGAUAUUUGGGGUACGACUUGCAUACGAGGAAUUUUUCCCUGAGCAGGAACCGGAACUGGACGGUCAUCCAGUGCGUCUCAAUAAUUCAGAAAUAAUUCCUGUGACGGAAUCACUGGACCAUUUAAGUAAGGAAGAACUAGCAGAAAUAGUGAGACAAGCAGCAGAAACCGAGACGAAGGAAUGGCAACGAAGACUGAUCAUUUUCACGGGUCUUAUCUGCAUCGCCACGUUUACAGCGUUGGGUGCCCUGGCCUGGUGGCACGCGGGUCUCAUCACCCGGGGAGAAACGAGCAUCGAAGCGCGUAUCAACAGCACGGAAACGCAAAAGUAUCGAGCCCAGGGCAAGUUCUAUCAAAAUCCCUACGACUUCGGGCCAAGGGAGAACUGGAGAUUAUUCUUGGGAAUAAAAAACAGAAGCUGGUGGCAUGUUCUAUUCCCAUCAAUCCAUGGUCCAUAUGGGGAUGGACUCACGUGGCGAACCAUUCACGAUAGCAAGAUCUCUUAAUUUUUAAGAUUCAAAUAUCAACGAAACUGAUCAUCACUCCUGCAUUUUACAAUUUAUACUUUCUUGUGACUUUUCCGUUUCAAUAUUCUAGUCAGAACUGCAGACUGUUUAAUGCACAUCACAAUUAAUAGACGUAUAACAUAUAUACAAUUAGCUUUCACAACCAUUGAUAAAAUUCUUUUGACAAAUAAUAAUUGGAUAAGCAGCAUAAGAAGCAUGUCAACUCUGAAAUUUUAAAAUUAUUGUUAUACAUAUGAUGAAUGGAAUAUUUUAUCAAAAAAUAACGAAAGAGUGGACAAAAAUUGUAAAUGUUAAAAAUAUUUUAGUACUUUAUAGAUUAAUUUGA